AUGGUGGCUCUGCAAGAGGCGCGAAUUUCGGCCGAAGCAUUCCCCGUGGCGGUGCAAGACGACCGCCGCUUCCGCAACCUGCUGCCUGGCGCGGACGAGGCGGAAGGGCGGGCGGAGGGGCGUGGGGAAGGGCGCUCGGAGGGGCAUGCAGAAGGGUGGGCAGAGGCGGAAGAGCGGCAGGGAGGAGAAGAAGGGUCCGGGAGAAGGGGAACUACUGGGGCCGAGGAAGAGACCAGCGCAAAAGGCGUGGGAGUAGGCAGUGAAAUCGGCGCGCGCGACGCGACACGUGUCGGGAGGCGAUUGGCGCUCCCUUCAGAGGAGGCGUUUCUUGGAGCUGGCCUUGCGCUCAAGGAUGAGGUGGUCCAUGCCACGUGGCGGAACCGUAGGCCUCCACGUGGCAGAAAGACAGACCCCUUCCUGUACACGGGCCUGCUGGGAACCGCCUUCGUGUGCCUGCGUGCCUUCCACGUCAUUCGCAGCAGGGCUGACCUGGACCUCGCUGCUGACAUCACUCGAGCUGCUGCUGAGCUGGCAGAGCGUCAGGACUGCGUCCGCCCCUGCCCCGCCUCCCACCCCACCUGCCAGCAACUCACUCAUCGCUACAACCACGCACAUGCCUCCCUCACAUCACAUCACACCCCUCUUUCCCUUGCGCUCAUGCCAUUCUCUUCUCGCCACCCACCCCCGGUCCCCCAUCUCUGUCAGCCGCCAUACUUUCUUUUGCGGGCAGCCACCCUCCCAGGCAGUUCUUUGCACAUGCGUGGCAGCCACCCUCCCAGGCAGUUCUUUGCACAUGCGUGGCAGCCACCCUCCCAGGCAGUUCUUUGCACAUGCGUGGCAGCCACCCUCCCAGGCAGUUCUUUGCACAUGCGUGGCAGCCACCCUCCCAGGCCGUACCUCCCUCCUCCCAUACCCACCUCCGCCCCUUGCGCCCCUCCUCUCAUGUUCGCAUGGCACGAGAAGCGCUACUGGGGGGCAGCACAUGGGCUGGCGGGGAUUGCCCACACGCUGCUGCUGGGGGCGUGGCACAUGGGGCAUCUGGGGCAGGUGGGACGAGUGGGCGAGGUAGCAGCAGCAGAAGCGGAGGAGGGGGCAGGGGAAGAGGGCAGGGAGGCAGCGGAAGAAGGGGGCAGGGAGGCGGUGGCAGUGUUGGAGUGGAUGGUGGGUGGCAGGCUGCCAAGCGGUAACUACCCCUCCAGCGAAGAGAAACGGCUCACUGCCGCUGCUGUUGCUGGGGGAGGUGGUGCUGCAGAUGGUGGGGCUGGGGGAGGUGGUGUGGAGGGGGGAGCACGCAAGGCGGCAGCAGGUGGGGCGGACAGGUUGGUGCAGUGGUGCCACGGGGCUCCUGGUGUGGCCAUGGCGCUUGCCCUCGCUGCUACGUCACACAUCACGGCAUCAUGCCAUCAUAUUCCUGCGCUUCUGCACUGGCCUUCCUGCUCCUGCCACUCCCACCAUGCCUCCCACCAUUGCAUGCCUUGCUGUGGUCCCAACCCAUGUGCCACUCAUGGGCUCAACACUCAACCACUCGCUGCAUUCACGGCCAUUGCACUCACGGCAUCUCCACCCGUCCAUGCACAUGCCCCCUCUCCUACCCCUACUCUGCACCAGUCACACCCGAGCAGGCAGCACCUGCUGGCAGCAGCGGUGGCAGCGGGUGAGGUGGUGUGGCAGCGGGCGAGGUGGUGUGGCAGCGGGCGAGGUGGUGUGGCAGCGGGCGAGGUGGUGUGGCAGCGCGGCCUGCUGCGCGAGAUGGGGCUGUGCCACGGCAUCGCUGGUAACGCAUACGCCUUCCUCUCCCUCCACCGUGCCAACUCCGCUCUCCAUGCCACCGGCAACAGGGAAACCGACAGCAUGCAGGAAACCACCACUCCCGCCCUGCCCCCUCCCAGCACGCACCUGCACAGAGCGCGUGCGUUUGCCGCCUUCCUGCUGGCCCACCGCCAGCGCCUCGCAGGUGCCGCCCUGCUGCACUGCGGCGACCGCCCCUUCUCCCUCAUGGAGGGCCUGGGCGGCGUCGCUUGUCUCUUCCUGGACAUGGCCCGGCCUGACGACGCGUGA